GCCCCACGCACCCGCUGCGUACACUCACCGCGAAUGCCGGUCGCGCACCGCCGCCUCGACGAGGACAAUCAUGUCCGAGCCAUCACGCUGCUAUGGCUCUUUAUCGUGCUCCUCGCUUGCGCCUUGGUGGCCAAAGCCGUCAUUGUCUGCCUCUACGCAACAUCGCCCAACAAACUUGCGAACAAGCCCCGCGCCAAGACCGCCGUGUACAUUGACCCGGCGACGCUCCAGAGCAUCGUGUAUAUCGUGGCCUUGUCGCCGGUGCACGAACGAUGCAGCGACGACGACGCAGCGUUUAGCACCACGGGACGCAUUUCCAACUUUGGCGACGGCCCCAUGGACGACGCCAGCGUUGAAUGGAGCAUCACCAACCCGUUGAGUGGACCACACAGUCGCGUGUAAAUGUUCGUGUACGAUAAAUGAAUAGUUGUUUGUGUG